AUGGCUAUUCAGAAGCAGCAGAACGGAACCAGCUCCCCGAGCUUGACAGACUUGCUCGAGUUCGUGAGGCUCAACUCCCCGUACUAUGCCAAGUCAUGGAAGGCCUGCUGGGCCGAAAAAGACCAACCCGUCGUCUCCUUGAGGGACCUGCCUGUUGUUGACCACGAGUCGUUUUGGGAAGCAAACACUUGCCUCAGCAGCAAAGUGAUAACCUCGAAACAGAAGGACGGCAUCGUGUUCAAGACGGGCGGAACAACCGCACACCCCAAGGUGUCGUUCUACAGCCAGAAGGAAUUCCACAGCAUCUCUUUACAACUUGCCGAGUCUUUAGCCCGCUGCGGGGUUGGCGAAGGAGACAUGGUCGCCAACCUCUUCUACGCGGGCGACCUCUACGGGAGCUUCUUGCUGCACAUCCUCUCAGUCUACCACCUCCCGAGCGGCGCCAUUCAGCUCCCCGUGGCCGGUCAUGUGAGUGUCGAGUCGAUGGAGAGGCAGAUCGUCGAGUUCGAGGCCACGGUCAUCCUCGGCACGGUCACGACCAUGUCGCAGAUAUCCGAGCGCAUCCUCGGCGCCGGGAAGACACAUCCGUACGUGCGCCUGCUGCUGUUCUCCGGGGAGGCCUUCUACGACGACCAGGCCGGCCUGCUGAAAGCCGCCUUCCCGAACGCGACCAUUAGGUCCCUGGUGUACGGGUCGAUGGACAGCGGGGUCAUCGGCCUGCCGCCGGCCGCGGAACACUACACCGGCGACCCCCGGCUGCACCAGGUCAACGACCCCAACGUCAUCGUGGAGAUCGUCAACGAGGACGGCGAGGUCACGAACGUGCCGGGCGAGGAGGGCAGCCUGGUCGUGACCAACGUCGAGCGCCGGCUGAUGCCCAUCGUCCGCUACCCCUCCGGCGACCGGGCCGCCUGGGUCGACCCGUCGCUGGGCCUCUUCCGCGUCCUCGACAGGGACCGCACGGCCAUCCGCCUCGGGCCCGUCUCGAUCGACUUCGUGCACCUCAGGAAGGUCGCGUCGACGGUCCUCGGCGACCGGCCCGUGGGCAGGCUGCAAGCCGUCGUCACGAGGGAGGACAGGAAGGACCUCCUGACGGUGAACAUCGCCUACACGCCGGCCGCCGAGGAGGAGGCCCGGCUGCAGGCGGAGCUGAAGGAGGAGCUGGGCACGGUGCGGCCGAUGUUCCGGGAGCACGUCGAGAAGAACCUCAUCAACCCACUGCAGGUCAGGUUCCUGAGCAUGCAGGAGCUGGCCGUCAACCCGAGGACCGGCAAGAUUGUCGAGGUGCUGGAUCUCAGGUCGACGACGGUGUAA